UUCUCUCUCUCUCUCUCUUUCUCUCUCUCAAGUCAUUACGUGUGAAAGUUUUUAGUGAUUUUCAAGGACAAAACCCUCGGUACUCUCCACAUCAGCAGCUACUUCUGAAGAGCACUCGUUGAUUGCAUUCACAUAACUGAAGAGAGAAUCAUGCCGUGCAUCAGGAUCUGUAAGAUAGUCAAAAGGAAUACUCUUGAAACCUUGAGGAAAAUCUGGGGUGUUUGGGACUUGAGGGUUCUAGCUAUAUGUAUCCUCUUUACUCAAUUAUACCUUCAUAUUUUCAGACAACGCCGUAGAAAGAGUACAACAGGGCUGAUGAAUACUGUGGGUGUUUGGUUAUUAUACUUGCUCGCUGAUUUGCUGGCAACAAUUGCUCUUGGAAAGGACUCCAAGCUCAAUGCUGACGCCUCUGAUAUUAACUCAAUAAAUCUGUUGAGAGGUUUAUGGGCAUCAAUAAUCUUUUUCUUUCUUGGAGGUCCAGAUACCCUAACUAUCCUACGCUUGGAAGAAACCAGCAUGUGGUUGAAACAACUUGUAGGACUACUUACACAAGGUGUAAGAACAAACCUAGACACAAAUUGAUUCAUGAAUUCCGCGAAUGAGUGCUUGAAAGGGGUACUACUCACAAUACUUUCAAAUUGAUUGAGAUUGAGUUGGGAUUGAUGUAUGACAUCCUCUUCAGCAAGGUAGGCACGGUUUUUACAUUCUAUGGAAGCAUUCUUAGAUUGAUUAGUUUCUCUUGCAUAGCUUUUGUUCUGGUGGUAUUUUGCUUCUUUAAAAAGCCUGGUGAGCUUAUAGAAGGUGAUAUUCCGAUUACCAUAUGUUUGCUUGUUGGAGCCCUUGUUUUAGAGAUAGCUGGAGUUCUUGCGCAACUUUGUUCAGAUUGGGCAAUUGUUUGGGCAUUUAAGUAUUACCCGAGUAAGCUGGUCAUGCCAGUUUUUCAUCUACACGAAUUUGUGUUCUCUAAAAGCAAACGGUGGUCUGAGCUUAUGGGACAAUUUAGUUUACUAAACUAUUGCACCAAAAAUAAGUGCAACAUGGUCUAUAAUAUUGUAGAAACUGUGUGGAACAGGGAAAUCGUGUUGGCGAAGUUCAGCCUGCCAUUGAGUCCAAUCCAACCUAGUUUGAAAGAACUAAUCAUCAAUCAGCUUCGCAACAAGCUGAAGAGGAAUGUUCCCGAAGCUGAAACUUCUGAGGCUUCAAACAGAAAAAUAGGUGAGUGGACCCUUACAAAUUAUGGACAUCUGGAUGCAUUUAAGUGGAUUAUCGAGCUAGAAUUUGAUGAAAGUAUUGUCAUAUGGCAUGUUGCUACGGACGUUUGCUAUCAUUUAGAAUUGGAAGAUCCUAAGUUGAUCACAGAUGAAGUGGAAACAACUAAAAUAUUGUCAUAUUACAUGAUGCAUUUGCUUCUCAUGUCCAAGUUUACCCAUCUGCGAUGAUAUUGACACAUUUGAUGAGGCCUAUACUAAUGUGAAAAAGUUUUUUGAUGAAAGAGAUUCUGGAUCAUCUAAUGUAAAACCUUACAAGCUUCUGGAGAAAGAGUGGAAGGAAGAAUGGAGCACCAAUUUGACAAUGAACAAGAUCCAAAAACUUGUUUGUGGUUUGAGGGAAGAAAAAGAGAACAAAUGGAAUAUUAUGAGCAAUGUGUGGGUGGAGAUGUUAUGUCAUGCCGCGAAUCGUUGCCUAUUGAAGCAUCAUGCUCAAGAGCUUAGAAGUGGUGGACAAUUUGUCACUCAUGUUUGGCUUCUACUUAUGCACUUGGACGAAAUAAAAAAGCUAGAGAAAGAUACAUCUGAAGAAUCAAUGGAUGAAAUCGAGGCAGGUUACGAAGCAAAAGGGUUUUUUCAAACCCUUGCGAAUGUUUUCGGGGAAUGUGUGAAUGGGUAGUUUGAGUUACUUUCAACUUACUCAUACUACCAUUGAGCUAUGAUGUUUUGGAGAAGCUAUUGUUUUAGAUGCUUUGAAAAGAUUGUUGUUUCUCAUUGUGUGUUGUGUCAUAUGAGCUUUUCGCUGUCUUAAUUUCUAUGAUUUUGUGAUGGUCUCUGUUGUCUUUAAUUGUGAUCAUUUCAGUUGGAUUGUAGUUCUCUAUUGUACUAUUUCCCUUAUAUAUAGGAUCGAUGUUCCUUUCUUCAACUGUUCUGGUAGAAGAGAUUUACCUCAA